UUUCUAAAAAAUCAUUUACACUUAUAAUCGUUAAACCUAAGAAUCACUGCGUAUGGCAUAAGCAUUAUGUCUUUAAAUAGUUACUCCAUCGUUUACCUUUUCCUACACGUUUGAAAACACUUUACUCACUGUUUCAAAUGUAUACCAAGUAACGCUCAUGACGGGGAUAAUUUUCAAUAAAUUACUGAAGUAUCCCCGGAAGAAACCAAAAAGGCCUUCCUUGCUGUAAAUUUGCGCUAUUGCAUCUGAUAUACUUGAGUAGUGAUAGCCAAUGCCAGGUAUCCGGUUUACUUGAAAUCUUCGUCGAAGAACAUCGGCUGGAAAUGCAAAUGUUUGAGCUAUGAACCCGCUAAACCCGCCUAGAGAAAGUUUCUCUAAGCUGUUGAGAUCUCUACCAGAAAACAUAUACUCUUUGCACCAUUCAUAAGUGAAAAAUACAAUAGAUACAUAGGGUACCACAUUAAGUAGUGUCGCUGGAAGACCACUGUAAAAUGCGGAAAUCCCUCCUUCAUUGCGAUAAAUAGUCCUUAAAGUUGACAUAAGGUUUAAUGACUGAGCAUUGCAACCAUUGGUCAUAUUAUCUUUGAUUAAACCCGCCGUCUGAAUUGAGAGUCUUGUCCUAGCAAUGUCCAGUGGAUAAGUGCUAAUAACACUUGCAGCUCCUGAAAUGGCUCCGAAAAUUAGUCUUUUAUAAUUACUCAAAUCUUUUCUAUCCGAUUUCUGCAAUGUGAGUUGCUUUAAUCCACUGUAAGUUGCAAACUGAACUGCGCCGUAAGGAAAUGCCCUUAAGCAAUUCGUUCCAUUUCCACGAAAAAAACCAAGAAUGCCUUCCCGUUUCCAUAUUUUGGCAACUGUAGCAAACAUGCUAUUAUAUUCUUUAUUACUUUGAACCUGAAAAAUGAUCUUCAUCCGUUCCAGAGGACUGGUUACAGUUCUACUAAGAGAUGCUGCUGUACCACCAGACAGUACAGAUACGAUAACGCUUUUAAGAAAACUUCCAGAUUCAUUAGCCUAUCAUUUACUAAAGCAUCGACCUUCACAAUUCAGCCCUACCCUACUAUACGAAAACAGUCACAAUUCAAUACACAACUUUUGAGUGAGAAAUGAUACCUACACCGAGCCAAGAUGGGUAUCGACAUUGAGAGACACCACGUGAGAAAGUCUCAACGCAGCAAGCCUGCCUCUGAGAACGUGUACUUGAAGCUUUUGGUUAAAUUAUACCGCUUCUUGGCCCGCCGUACUGACUCACGUUUCAACAAGACUAUCUUAAAGCGUCUCUUUCAAUCUAAGACUAACCGCCCUCCUAUCUCUAUCUCCAAGAUUGCUGCUUUGACUAGCCGCAAGGCCUCCAACCUUGAGGGCAAGACUAUUGUUACUGUUGGUACCGUUACCGAUGACGAGCGUAUGUUGACCGUCCCCAAGCUCUCUGUCGCUGCUCUUCGUUUCACUAAGUCUGCCCGUGCUCGUAUCUUGAAGGCUGGUGGUGAAGUCAUGACUCUUGAUCAACUCGCUCUCCGUGCCCCCACUGGCAGCAACACUGUUCUUCUUCGUGGUAGAAAGCACGCUCGUGAGGCCUUCCGUCACUUUGGUUUCGGUCCUCACAAGCACAAGGCUCCUCACGUUCGCUCUGAGGGCCGUAAGUUUGAAAGAGCUCGUGGUCGUAGAAAGUCUCGUGCUUUCAAGGUAUAAGCUUGUUAGUCCCAAAAUCAAUGCACCAAAAAGGGUUUCUUUAUGUAAUGUUAUGUGUUUUGUAGAAGGAUUUUGAUUCUUAGUAGCUCCUGUGAUGUAUCAGCGAAUAACGAAUGCUGUUGUAUAUCCAGUCAUGCUGGCAAAGUAGUAGAGUCUUCGAGUAAACUCUUAUUUUGAACAUUUGAAGAGAUUUUAAGUUAAGUGGCAUUCAAAUCAUUUAUUAAUAUAAAUACUAUGAUCAGUUUACGAAACAGUAAACAGAAC